AUGGCCGCUCAUAGGAAAAAACUCAAACAAAAUAAAAACUACGAAAAUGAAAAACCCAUCGACCAGUCCUCAAAUGUCAACCAAUACCUUCCUAAGGAAAUAGAAAUUACAACUGAAAUAAGGACUCCAUCUAAGCAUGAGAUAACAACAGAACCAACAACCCUUAGCAACCGUCAAAUGCGUAGGAUCUACAAUCCUGAUGAAACAGCAUCCAUUGAAGAUUAUCCGUUCAUGGCUGUCUUGUUGAUGAACGGAAAGCUGUGGUGUGGUGGUGCGAUUAUACAGGAAGACACUGUUAUGACCGCGGCGCAUUGUAUGCAAUUACAAUACAACAAUCGAUUCUUCCGUGAAUACGUCAAAAUGCUGACUGUCCGCGUCGGCUCCAACAACGCGACCGCCGGUGGCCAUGUCUACCGCGUCACUGAUAUCUUCUUCCAUCCAAACUACAAGCCAAAUACGUUAGAAUUUAACGUAGCUGUCGUUAAACUACAUAAGAAUAUAACAAUUAAAAGCGAAAAGAACGUAGAUGUUAUUGGAUAUUCAAGCGAAAAGCACAUACCUACAGAUACAGAGAUUACUUUUCUAGGAUGGGGAUCAGUUUGGGGUCACGGCAGCAUUGAAGAACAAGUAUUACUACAAAGGGUAGUUCUACCAGUCUACGAUUUUUCUGACUGUCAAGACGUUUACGGAAAAGAUUUAGUAACUCGGACAAACUUUUGUGCCGGAUACAUAACUGUGCGAAAAAACGUUUGCAAUCACGACGCGGGAGGUCCAGCUAUAAUGGAUGGUGUCCUAGUGGGUAUACUGUCAUUCUCCGCCAAAAGAUGUGAUAAACCAGACAAACCCGCGGUAUUUACUUCUGUUGGAGCGGUUGCCGAUUGGCUGACUAAUGUGGACGCUAGGAAAAAUCAAGAUAUUUAGAAACAAAAUAUCCAGAGAAAAUUUAACCUAGGACACCAAUGAAA